CGUGCUGCCACUGGUUCCUUAUACGUGCCUGUCAUGCCUUACACCGUUGAUCAGGGGCGUAGUGACAAGAACACCGACAACAUCCCCACUUUCGAGAUCAACCUCGAGCCCAAUGGCGAUCCGGGAUCCUCAUACAGAUAUCAGAACGAACCUGGCCAGAUCCAGCGGCGCAUUAUCGUCGACCGUCAUUCCACGUUUCGUGCGGACCAUACGGUGCAAGGGUACUUCACGACGGUCCUCCACGGUCAAUACGACUCGAGCGAUGCAGAUCUGAAGGCAACUGUAAUUGUCGCUAGUUUCAGAUUCCUUUCUUCUUCCGAAGAACUACGAUUCCGAUCGGCGAGCAUCGAGUUCGUUUUUCAGGACCACAACGAUUCGAAAUGCGGUCCUGAAGUCUGCGAUGUGUUCCCGCGUGGGAAAAUCGACUUGGACCCAAGAACGGCACAGCACCAAACGAAUCGAAACUUCUCAGCACAGGCUGGAGCAACUGCUAUCGGCGGCGGAAACUUCGACGUAACCGCGGGAAUAGAAAAAGGCGUUGGCUAUGAGCGGAGGAACCAGGGAUCACUCGUUGGCAGUUGCAAGACUAGCGGACGGCAAUGGGGUCCUCAGAAUACCGCAAGAUGGGCCAUGAGCGAAAACAAAGUUCAGAAAAACGGCAUCCCGACGAACCUCGAGGUGGCGAUCCUGCUCAAGCGUCAGGGCGAUUAUCCUUUCAGAGCGGCAAUAACUGUAUCUGCAUCCGUUGACAGCCUGUACGGUACCACCGCGAGGUCUCGGAAGCUUUGGGGACGGGACGUAAUCGACCCCAUAAACUUUGAUCCACAGACAAAAUCGACGGGAAAGGCCCUAGACGACAUCAGUCCGGAAAAUCUGUCGGAAUUUUCUCGAGUUAUGAAAGGCGUGAGCAGUGUUACACCCACUCCGUUCCUCAAAACGGCUUCACGAACUGCCAGGCAAGUUGCCAGCUCUCCGAUCCACCAGACAUGAUUGGAGAUUGGACAAGGUUAACCUGAGCAUUCACAGUGGUAGCACUGCUAGAACAC